CAAAAAAAAACUCAAAGAAGAAGAAGAACUUCCGGUGCACGCAGGGUGCGUUCCGUAAACCGUCCGCUGUUCUGGUUGAGAAGGCCAAAUAGCGACACUGCGCUCAAAAAGGUGAUGGCUGCUUCUCUGCGUUUGUUGUACUCUGUGAGCAGACCAGGCUCUUCUGGGGUCGCUCAGAAUCUGGUGAGGUCCUUCAGUGUUUCCACACAGAGAGGAGGAUUCAAGUAUGUGAAUGCUCAGGAGGUGCCCACAGACAUGAAGUCGAUUACAGACCGAGCUGCUCAGACACUGCUGUGGACCGAGCUCUUCAGAGGCCUGGGGAUGACCAUGAGUUACCUGUUCAGAGAGCCUGCCACCAUCAACUACCCGUUUGAGAAAGGACCUCUGUCACCUCGCUUCAGAGGAGAACACGCCCUGCGCAGGUAUCCGUCAGGUGAGGAGCGCUGCAUCGCCUGCAAGCUGUGUGAGGCCAUCUGCCCUGCUCAGGCCAUCACCAUAGAAGCAGAGACUCGAGCUGAUGGAAGCAGGAGGACGACACGUUACGACAUUGACAUGACCAAAUGUAUCUACUGUGGCUUCUGCCAGGAGGCGUGUCCUGUGGACGCCAUUGUCGAGGGUCCUAACUUUGAGUUCUCCACGGAGACUCAUGAGGAGUUGCUCUACAACAAAGAGAAGUUGCUCAACAAUGGAGACAAGUGGGAGGCCGAGAUAGCUGCCAACAUUCAGGCUGAUUACCUUUACCGAUAGAAACACACACACACUUGUCCUGUACAUACUGUAAGGAGAACUCAGCUGACAGACAGAAAUCUUCCUCUUGUUGUAAUAUUUGUGUCUGAUUAUAUAUUUAUUAAAGAAACACGAGUCCCUAUGAUUGAUUUGAUUGAUUAGAUUGAUCGAUCGAUCAGACAGACUCUAACAUCACACUCAGCUGAUCAUCAAUUAUUGUUCUAAUCUGAUAUUUUUCUUUAUGACUCGAAUAAAAAACCAGUGAGAGAAACA